UCCUCGGGCGAGGGUGGCAAUGAACCUGGCCAUCUGGGUCAGUACUGAGCUUGUGCUGUGGGUUACUUAGCAGUGCAGGUAGUGGAGGGUCCAGAAGUUACCUGAGUUCUGGCCAGUCACGUGGAAAAGUACUUCCGUUCUUACUUAUCUCAGGCAUAAGGACGCAUGAAGAAAGCUGUGUCACUGAUAAAUGGAAUAGAUAUAGGACGAUUUCCACGACUGCUUACCCGAAUUCUUCAAAAACUCCACCUGAAGGCUGAGAGCAGUUUCAGUGCAGAAGAGGAGGAAAAGCUUCAAGCUGCAUUUUCUUUAGAGAAACAAGAUCUUCACCUGGUUCUUGAAACAAUAUCCUUUGUUUUAGAACAGGCAGUGUAUCACAAUGUGAAGCCAGUAGCUUUGCAGCAGCAACUGGAGAAUAUUCAUCUUACACAAGACAAAGCAGAAGCGUUUGCCAGUGCUUGGUCAGCUAUGGGGCAAGAAACCGUCGACAAGUUCAGGCAGAGGAUUCUGGCUCCCCACAAGCUAGAGACAGUUGGGUGGCAGCUUAACCUUCAAAUGGCUCACUCUGCCCAAACAAAACUGAAGUCUCCCCAAGCUGUGUUACAAUUCGGAGUUGGCGAUGAAGACUCGAAGAGCCUGGAGAAAGUUCUUGUGGAAUUUAGUCAUAAGGAACUGUUUGAUUUCUAUAACAAGCUAGAGACCAUACAAGCACAGCUGGACUCCCUUACAUGAUGCUUCUGGACUGGUUUCUCCAUCACAUCCGCCACCUCAUUACUUUGCAUUGAAGAGAGAUUGCCUAUAUUGAAGGAUUCAGUGACUUUAUUCCUAUGAAUAACAUGGAUUAUCAUAUCUUGGACAAAUAUCAGCCAAGUGAGAUCUCUUUUAAGAGCACUGAGAUUCUAAAAUACCUUCCCUAGUUAUGUGAGCCAAUGGCAAUUGUUCAGAACACUGCUUUGAAAGAAGUUUUAAAAUACCAUAUUGUUUUUACUGUUGGGUUGCUGCUUAUUGGUUCCCUGUUCAUUUUUACAUGCUGAAUCAUGCUUGUACGUAUUGGUGAGGGUCUGUAGAUAGAAGGUAUGAUGCAUAGAUACUAGCAGAACAUGAAACCUCAGUAAUAAAUUUAAGGUGGCAACCACAUGCAACCAGAUAUAGUGUGGCAUUUUUCUACAACUUAAUUUUUCUUGAGAAAUGUAUAGGAAAGAACUUUAAAAGCAUACCAGUGCUAUGAUGCUAACUCCAAUAUGAUCUUCGCAUUUUAAACCAGAAAUCUUUUGUAUUCUCUUUCUGUAUGUUCAUUGGUUUCAGUCAAUAAACUGUUUCUGUUUUAGAAUUA